AUGCGAAUCCUCGCGCUGGCAAGCAUACUGUCCCGCGCUGAGAACAUAAAGAGCAGUGCUACACCUUUUUUCGCUCGUGACCGACAGCCACUGACCGACAAGAACAAAAGCGACCCGGGAGACUUGGGCAAAAGCCUCGAUCCUGUGUAUCAAUCCCUUGUAUGCAUGCGGACUGUAAGCAUGCCGUGGACAUACGACACUAACUCACAAACACCACGGUCAUCCACUCCAGGCUCCUCGUUCUUAAACAACAGCCUCCAAGAAACUGGACAAAGCAUUGCCUACACUUCUGCUCCGAUUGUUCUCACCGGGUUGGGCUCGACUGUCUGUCCACAGAUGACUACGGGAAGCCCCAUGUUUGUUAAUUCCCCCUUCAGCAGCAUUGCCACCCUACCUGGCCGUCCGCGUUUACUGACUGAACGUCCACUGAGGCAAAUCAGGCAUUCAUUUUUCAACUCUCGACUGGAAGCUGACCGAGUGUUUGGUGCCGAACAAAAUGCUUCAGAAGACCAGAGUUGGUGUAUUUCCGAUAGUAGGCCUGACCUUCCUUGGACUCACCCAACAAUACCUAAACGUCGCCGCACGUCCACUAGUUCGGUCGGCUUUAUGGACUGUACCUAUCUUCCUGCAGCACAUGACGUGACUGGGGUAGUAAACCAACCGGACGCUGUUGUUCACAUGCAAUCCCCUGUGUCGGCUGUUCUGGCCAAUACUGUUUCCGCAGUCCGUUUCGUUCGCGGUGGUUGGCACUGUGAGGUGCCACCUACUACAAUUUGUUUGCAAUCCACAGCACAACGGCAGUCAUGUUUGCCCAGUCUCACUGGGGCGUCUGCAGUCCCAGUUCAAAGCACUGGGGAUCGCGGCGUUCGAAACUUUGAGGACGUUCGUAAUGUUCGGUACGGUUGCCAUAGCCGACUGCUAAACAGGGUGAACAGUUUGCACCACCAAUCACAUCAGCGGAAGCGGCUUUUUUGUCGUGCAUAUCGUGACCACUAUCACAAGAUGGCUUAUUCAGCAUCGUUGGUUCGUUCUCGUCAUCAGCACCCCUAUUAUUCAUCAAAGUCAGGCAACGCUUCACGCCAAGGCUCCAGUUCAGAUGCAAUAGUGAUAACGGUUAAUGAAGAUAGUGUUCCUCCGGUUUCAACGCACUCGACUUCCGGUGGCCAUGAAAACGAAGAGUCGCUGCUAUCAUUUGGAAACUCUGCGAGCCUCAACUCUGGAGUUCAGCAGCGACUUGAUAACUUUGGAGCAGCUCGGCCUCCAUCUUCUAUCCAAACCUGCAUUGCACCUUCUAGUCCAACUAGUAUGGGCCCACGUACACCUUUAUGCGUUCGUUGUCCGUCUCAGUCUUCGUCAGCGGUCUAUCGAUUCCAUCCUAGUAUAACGAACCAGCUUCCCCUUCCAAAUUCGGCGGAUAACUUGCACGGUGCUUCAAUGAGCAACUUGAUUGCAGCCUGUCGGACGGCAAACGCUCAGCAGUGUAUGACGACCACUUGUAAUGAGCUCGGGAAUGUUAGUCGAAAUUCUCCUGACUCGCUUGGAUUUGCUGUAAGUCGCCCCUCAAACCGCCCCGGUCCUCAGGCGGACGAAGCUACUGUAGUUGCAGCCGCCGCCGUGGCGUCUGCCGCUGCACAUGCGGUUGCUGCGGCUGCACAGGCUGUUUCUGCUGCAGUUCAACAACGCCAUUGUUCAGAGGUCACCUACCCAGCUGCACCGAUUCAACCUGUACCACGUUCGUCUGUUGAACGAACUUUCAUGAAUCAAUGGACUUCUCCGCAAUUACCUUUCUCUGCUGCCACACCAUCCUCGGAUUGCUGUGGACUCCAUUCCGUUCUUAAUGCGCACUCCUCCGUUCAGCAUACCGCAACCAUCCCGUCAGCGCUAGUAGCCAAUUUUGCCAUUGAGCAAGGAUCCUCAUCACUGGCCGUUCAACCUCUGAGUGUCCCUCUGAUUGGUGCUCAACCCAUUGCCCCCGUUUCGGAUCUCAAUCGUCCCAUUCGGAAUACGACCGAAUUCGGAACUUCAAAUAACAUAUCACUUCUUGGAGUACGCUCAGGUUCACAGUCUGAUCGUCUAUGGCUAACUUCGGAAGCUCCUAAUGGGAUUCAUUGCGCUUCUUCACAACCUGCGUCAUUCCCUAAUGUCACUGUAGCAACUCAGGCUGCGCACGUUGUGGCAGCCGCUGCUGCCGCACAGGUUGCAGCUGCAGUUGCCACAUCAGCUCCUGUGUCUUUCUUAUCGGGCAAUCUGACCACUGAUGUCCAAAUUAAUAAUAUGCUUACUCAUGUGCCUCUGAUUCGGUCACAUUUGGCUCCUGCGAAUCUUUUGACUACAGCUCAUCCAGUACGGUUUAGUAGCUCGUUGCUCGCCGUACCCUCCACACAAUCAGCUGAGGCCGAUUUCUUCUCAGUUCCUCAGGACGUGGCUUCGGUGGCCGCUGCGGCGGCUGUGGCAGCUGCAGCCAGUCGUGCAUCAACUCUGGCCAAUACCGCCUCUGCUUUCCAGCUUGCUACUGCUUCAGAUGGCACUGCUCGAUUUAUCAACGUAGCUCAGCCAGUUGGACCAGAUCGUUCGUUUGCACAUUCUCUGCUAAUUCCUCAGAUAUCCAUGGCACCUCAGAUAACAUCAGUUUCUGUGCUUCCGGUUCAUUCUGCACCGCCUAUCGUGGCAACCCGAACGGCCUUGUCCACCACACGUGAUAUACAAACGCUGUUUCAGUUCUUGCGGUUGAUCAAUCAGAGACAAGACCCAUACUCCUUGCCGUAUUACCCGUCUGCUAUGACAGCGACUGCCGGGGAGUCGAAUGCCAGUGUCGUUGUGAGUGCCUCAAUGGGUGGUGCUAAUGGUAGUCGUGUCGCUUCUGCCGUGACUCCACCUCUUGUGCCUCAUCAUUCGACCGGAGCUCAACACGCAGCGGUUGCAACGGUCGUUGGACCGACUUCGUGGCAACAACCGACGCGCUCCCCAGGUUUCGUAUUGUCUCGUCCGGCGGCACCGAUCCACACUGAGGCAUCAAACGUUCAGCCUACCGGCUCAGCAGCAGUAGCCUUGGCAGCAGUUGCAAUGGCUGCGGCCGCGGCUCUGCAGCAACAAACACACCGCCACAUUCCAGCUAAUGUCAUGUCCAUGCUUUCAGCUACCUCGGCAGCCCCAACGCCAUCCAUACCCGUGCCCAUCCUUCACGCCCAUUUGUACUAUCCAACAACGGUGGCGGCGGUGCGGUCAGUGCCUGUCACUCAAGUUCCGCCUUGUCAUCAUUCCCAUCAUGGAUCGUUUGCUGCAGCUCAUCAGCACGCGACUUACCAUCGCCAGACUGUUCCGUCUCCAUUUACCGCAUCGCCCUCCCCAGCGGUACCACCAUCACCCUACCCCACUAGUCUUUUGCCGUUCUUUGUUACCGUCCCAGCCUCCCCCACACGAAAUUCGACCGACAUCCCAGAUUUGUCAUCAACCCUAAUUGCCCAGUUGGCGCCUAAUCAUCAGACGGCACCUCCUUCAGCUCCGAUGCUCCCACCGGACCCUAGUUCUGCGGCUACUGCCGCGGCAGCGGCCGUAGCAGCAGCUGCUGCAGCUGCAGCUGCCAGCGUUGACACGCUGUAUCAGUUAGCCGUGCAGUUAGAAUCUAGUGGACGCCGCGGACUCACAAAGGAGGAAUUGGAUACUCUUCCUGUUCGAUCCUACGGCCAGAUCCAGGAAUCACCUACUCAGCUUGAAAACACCAAGGAUUGCGUAGCUGAAACUGAUGAUCGUUGUAUGAUCUGUCUGGAUGAUUAUGAAUCGAAGGACCUAUUACGUGCAAUGCGAUGCCGACACGAAUUUCACGCGAAAUGUGUUGACAAAUGGUUGAAGACCAAACGCACUUGCCCACUGUGUCGCGCGGAUGCUUUUGACGGAACUCAACGUAAAGAGGAACUUUUCUGAUCGGAAUUCUCCGUGAUUUAUCCCUCAUAACAACGGUUCUCUCCUUAUUCCGGAGGACGAGGGUUCAGGCCAUAUUUAUUUGCAUCACUCCAGUUCCUUAUUACGGACUUUAGUUUUUAUAGGCGUUGAUUUGGCAAACCCCCCAUUUGUCCGUCCUCUUCGUUUGUCCGGUGCUGACUGUUCUUUUAUUAUCAUGCCCUCUUUUGUCUUACUCUCAUCGACCGAAUUUAUUUGGCUUAUUAGCAAGCUAUUCGUCUCUCUCGUGGCUGUCGAUUUUGCUAUCCUUCUGUUGUUCCGACUGAAUCCGUUAACUUUAUUUACUAGCUGAUGAGAAUUCUCUGUGUGUGGCGCCCAAUGUCUCUCUCCUCUCUCUCCGUCGGACCGCCUGAUGUAAUCGUACAGUACUCUGUUUAUCUCUCUCUCACUCGUUUUGAUGCUUGUUCACUUCAUACUUCUGAUAUUCAGGACAGCAUACAACUAAAAUACUUUGUAUAGCAUGUCCUUACCUUAUGCUAAAACGCAUGUGUCUCAACGCUUUUCAGUCAAUGUUACUUAUGGUUGUAUCGUUGAACAUGGUCAACAUCGG